GACCAGCUUCCCAUCGCUCAUGUUUUGAGGACAUUUCUGUCUUGCUGUUUAUUGUGUAUGUGCUGUGUUGUGGGCAAGAUAGCGCUGUGUUUUGACAGCGCCUGUGUGUAGCCUACAUUGAGGGCCUCAGGCAGCUAGAGUCCUCGUUGCACAGCCAAUCAGACGGUGAAUUUCGGCCCGCAGUUGAUGAAAUGGUACUGGCGUCGACGGCAAAUUCCAUCUCUCCCAUGCCUAGCCAGAGCGACAGCAACAAUAGCAUCGACCAUGGCACCGGACGCUCGCGGCCAACGUCAGCUAAGCACAACGUGAGUGGUCAAGAUGAGUCCACAGCGAUUGGCACAGCACUUCAUGUCCCGGAAAAAGACGCUGCCGCUCCUAUCAUCGGAGAACUCGUUUCGGAGACCAAAGCCGAAGAAGAUACUUCCCCUGAGCAUCAUGAGUCCGAAGUAGAAAAUACCGCCAAUCACCUGCACGGAAUUCCUCUGGUCAUUCUUACUAUCGGUUUGUGUCUAGCAACACUGACUGUUGCCCUGGACAAUAGCAUCAUCGCUACUGCGAUCCCUCGCAUCACAAGCGACUUUGAUUCAUUUGACGAUGCCGGAUGGUAUGGCUCGUCAUAUCUUUUGACAACGACUGCAUUGCAGCCAAGCUUUGGGAAGGUCUAUUCUCAAUACAACGUGAAAUGGACCUACAUGAUAGCUUUAUUGCUGUUCGAGAUAGGUUCCGUGAUCUGUGCAGCGGCACCAAACUCUGUUGCUCUCAUUGUUGGCCGUGCAGUCGCUGGAGGAGGAGCUGCUGCCCUCUUUAGUGGCGCGAUGACCAUCGUUGCCUUCUCCGUUCCGCUGCACCGACGAGCAAUUUACAUCGCGGCCUUAUCGAGCAUGUUCGGCAUAGCCUCUGUUAUAGGACCUAUACUCGGAGGCGUCUUCACAGAUCGAUUGACAUGGAGAUGGUGCUUUUGGAUCAACCUUCCGAUCGGAGGUGUCGCCAUUGUUGCCGUGUUUUUAUUCUUCAACAACCCGAAGCGUCCUGAGAACACGCUCACGAAUAAACAAAAACUGAAAGAGAUCGACACUCUUGGAGCUUUAUUUCUAAUUGGUGCAAUAGUUUGUCUACUCCUUGCCCUACAGUGGGGUGGCACUACGUAUCCAUGGGGGAACUCGAAAGUAUGGGGAAACCUACUUGGCUUCGGACUUCUCUUGAUCGUAUUCGUUACCAUUCAAUGGAAGCGAGGAGACAAGGCAACUCUGCCUCCACGAAUUCUGCUGCGUCAGAGGACGGUACUGGCAUCCGCCCUGUUCUCGACAUGCCUUGCUAUAGCGCUCUACAGCCAUAUAUUCUACUUGCCGUACUACUUUCAGAGUGUCAAAGGAACAACUGCCGAGGAAAGUGGAAUUCGUUGCAUCCCCUAUCUAAUCGCGGUCACUCUGGCUUCGAUAGUAACUGGCGUGGCCAUCACCUAUCUGGGCUAUUACAGCCCUUUCACUUGGAUUGGUGCAGCUAUUUUUGCAAUCGGAAGCGGUCUGCUGUAUACGCUUCGCGUUAAUUCCUCGUCUGGUACCUGGAUAGGAUACGAAAUAAUGGCUGGUUGGGGUUCUGGGAUGUGUGUACAGAUCCCUUUCGUUGCCGUGCAAGUUGUGACCUCGGAGAAAGACAUGCCUGUUGCCAAUGCUAUUGCAAUCUUUUUCAACUCUCUCGGGGGUGCUGUCUCAAUUAGCAUUACCCAGAACAUCUUCGCGAACACACUUUCAAAGGAGCUAGCCAGUAGAGCACCUGAAGUGAAUGCGCCGCUGAUCAUCGCCUCAGGGGCUACGCAGCUUCGUACCUUGGUUCCGCCUCGACUGUUACCACAAGUGCUUGAUGCAUACAUGAAAGGGAUUACGACUGCAUUUGUAUUGCCCAUUGCAGCUGCUUGUCUAGCAUUUCUUAGCUCGACGCUGUUCGAAUGGAAGAGCAUAAAAGGCAAGAAGCUUGCUAUGGGGGGAGGUGUGUGACUGAUAGAUAGAGCAAAAUUGAGAUCUACUUCAAAUCUUGGCCAAU